UUUGUUUGAAGGUUUCUGUUCUAUCUCUCAUUGAUCAAGUAGUACUUUUGGUGUUGGUGCUAUAUCAAGAAGAAGAAGCAGAAAAAGGUUUCUUUUGACUUUUUGAAUCUAAUCAACAAUGGUUCGCCAUUUCGGUCAUUCACACAGCAUGCAGAAGUCAAAAUCUUUUCAUUUCAGGAGGAUGUUUGAUAUCCCAAAGAGCCAUAUUCAUGGCUUAUUCGAUAGGGAUAGCGACGAAGAUGAUGAAAACAAUAAGAUUUACUCGAGAAGCUACGAGGCAAGAAAUACAGUCGAAGUUAAGCCAAUUGGACGUGUCCUCAAUAAUGAUCAAGCAACAAGUUCAGGUGUUCAAAUACCAAAGAUUCCUCCCAGGCCCCCAACUGAAGCUGACAUGAUCAAGGAUAGGUUUGGUAAGUUACUUUUAGGAGAAGACAUGUCAGGUGCAGGAAAUGGUGUUUCUUCAGCAUUGGCUUUGUCAAAUGCCAUAACAAAUCUAGCUGCAUCUGUUUUCGGAGAAAUAUCGAAGCUGAAGCCAAUGUCUCCAGAUAAGAAGGCCAGGUGGCGAAAAGAAAUUGAGUGGCUUCUAUCGGUGACUGAUCACAUUGUUGAAUUCGCUCCAUCACAGCAGUUAGCUAAAAAUGGAACAACCAUGGAGAUCAUGACGACACGACAAAGAGCAGAUUUGGUCGUGAACAUCCCUGCCUUGCGCAAACUUGAUGCAAUGCUCAUUGAUACCUUGGAUAACUUUAGAGAUCACAAUGAAUUCUGGUAUGUUGAUAAAAGCGACGAGAAGGGCGACGAUAAAACCAGCAAUCAAAGGAAGAAUGACAAGUGGUGGCUGCCAACAGUUAAGGUUCCACCAACAGGUUUGUCAGAUCUAGCUUUGAAAUGGAUACAGUGUCAAAAGGACUCCGUUAACCAGGUUCUCAAGGCAGCCAUGGCAAUAAACGCGCAAGUGCUAGCAGAGAUGGCAAUCCCUGAUAACUAUAUGGAAUCUCUCCCUAAGAAUGGUAGAGAAAGCCUUGGCGAAUCAGCAUACAAGAUCAUUACUGAGGAUUUCUUUGAUCCUGGUCAAUUCCUCCAAACAAUGGACAUGUCAACAGAACAUAAGGUGCUUGACCUGAAGAAUAGGAUUGAAGCUUCUAUAGUGAUAUGGAAAAGGAAGAUGAACAACAAGGAUAGUAGCAAGUGGAGUUCAGCAGUGAGCAUGGGGAAAAGGGAACUCUUUGAGGAGAGAGCGGAGACGGUAUUGCUGCUAAUCAAGCAGAACUACCCAGGACUUCCACAAUCUCAACUUGAUAUUUGCAAAAUCCAAUAUAACAAGGAUGUGGGACACGCCAUUCUAGAAAGCUACUCAAGAGUAAUAGAAAGCCUAGCUCACACAGUUAUGUCAAGGAUUGAGGAUGUCUUAUAUGCUGAUUCAUUGACACGUAAUCCAUCAUUGGCAGUGAGUAACAACAGGAGGUUCUCGCCUGUUUCUUUGUCUGCAAGUGGGGAGGGAUCCCCGAAUCCAGAGGAAGAAGAGGCAGGAACCUCACAACAUUCUGACGGGACACCAACGGCAUCAAUGACUCUCUCAGACUUCAUGGGUUGGAAUGCAUCCAAGGAAGGAAGUGAUCAUGUAAAGACUACAGGAGACUUAGAUGAAAGCUUAGCAACAACACCAAAGAGAGCAUACUAUGUGGAUAAGCUUGAAAGCUUGACUUCGAUGAAAAGUCCUAUAGGCCGAGAUUGAUGUUAAUAUCAAAGAAGGAGCAAGGUAGAACACAAAUAAACAACAUUUACAGUGCAGAUGUAGACACCCAAUAUAGAGUCUUAUGCUUCUUAAAUAUCAGGCUUGUACAUUAUUUCAGUCAGGCUCUUAGGUUUUGAAUUUUUUGCACUGCUUGUAAAUUCUUUAUUCCUUUACUUUUUUAAGAUAGUGGAAGACCUGUGCUGCUUCUGGUGUA